AUGUCCGGCCUUCGCUACCUUCGCCAGCACUGGUACUCCGUCGAGGUUCUCCCCAUCUACGCCGUUAUCGGUGGUGCUUGCGCUGGUGCUUCGUGGUACAUGUACCGCCUCGCCAUGGGUCCUUCCGUCGUCUGGACCAAGUCCAACCCGCAGCCGUGGCAGAACGUCAAGCCCGGUGAGACGACCAAGAUGCUCACCGUCACUCACGACGCCAAGAGCUGGACUCGCGGUGGCCUCUAG